AUGGGCGCUUCUCACGGUCACUACAAGCCUUAUGGCCCUGUUCCUUUCCCCCACGUCGCUAGAUCGCACCGUUUCAUUUCCAAGUUUCUUGGUGCUACCAUGUGGUUCUGGAUCUUCUACCGUGUCAGAGAGGAUGGCGGUGUCAUUCUCGGCUUACGGCACCCUUGGGAGCAUGGUUCUAGCCACCAUGCUAUUGAGGAAGGCAAGGAGGAACACCACUAA